UGUGUUGUGAGCCUCCCCCUGUUGGCCCGUGAGCGCUAUCCUGGUUGCCGAGGCCAUGGCCAAGCUGGUGGAGGCCCCGCCGAGGUUCCUCCCGCCCGAGUGGCGCCUCUCGCACAAGGCCCAGUGCAGCGGCGCCGAGGCCCAGCGCUCCCAGUCCGAGCGCAACGUGGCCGAGACCCGGCGCCUGCUGGACGAGGUCGAGCACGCCACCCACAAGGCCCAGGGAGACUCCAGCAAGCGCAUCGAGCAGCGGCUGGAGGAGAUUGGCUUCUGGCGGGCGCAGCUGCGGGAGAAGCUUGCCCAAUUGGCCCACGAGACCGAGGCCCUGACGGACGCCGAGGCCCGGCUGCGGAAGGGCACCGAUGGCGUCCGGGAGCCCCUCCUCAUCGCCCAGCAGUGCCUCCUCAACAGGGAGCGCCGCGUGGGGCCGGACCUGGUGCGCGACGAGGCGGAGAAGGAGCUGCAGAAGGAGGCGGAGGUGCUGCAAGGGGCGGCCACGCUGAUGGAGCGGACACGGGAGCAAGUCCUGGAGCAGAUCCGGCUGAACCGCUCGGCCAGAUACACCGUGGAGAAGGACCUGUCCGACAAGGAGGCCGCCCUCAACAUCGACACCUUCUGCGCCAACCUCAACAACAACACGCCCGACAUCCGCUACGCUCGGAACGUGGUCAAAGUGGAGGAGAACUCGGUCAGCCCUGAGGAGUGGGUGGACUUCUCGGACGCCAACGCCGCCAAGGCCGACCGGCAGCGGAACAACUCCCAGGCGCUGCGGGCCCUGGUCGACCGCAUCCUGGCCCAGGUGGCCGCCGACGAGCGGAGGCAGAAGGCGGCCGCGGACAACGCCCUCCGCGACCGCGUCCGGGAGACCAAGGAGGCCAAGCGCGCGCUGGAGGAGCACCUGGACAAGGUGAUGGAGCAGAUCGGCUCGCAGGAGAAGAACAUUGCGGGGCUGCGGAAGGCCAUCGCGGACCAGGAGGCCCCGGCCAAGGUGGCCCAGACCCGGCUGGAGGCCCGGACGCACCGGCCCAACGUGGAGCUCUGCCGGGACACGGCCCACCUCCGCCUCAUGCGCGAGGUCAACGAGAUCGCCCGCAACGUCUGCAGGCUGCAGGAGGCCCUGGCCCAGGCCGAGCAGGAGCUCAAGGGCCUCCUCCGGAGACAGCUCUCCCUCGAGGAGGAGAUCCAGGUCAAGGCCAACUCCAUCUACAUCGACGAGGUCCUCUGCCUCCAGAUGCGCGAGUCCAUCGCCAUCAACGACUUCUGACCUGGCGAAACGUCGGCCGGGAUUGGUUGAUAGAGAAUAAUAAAAUAAUCAUCAUCAU